UUCGCCGGGCGCCGGCCGGGCGCCAUGGGCGCAGGGCGGUCGGCGGCGGGACCCCCGGCGGGCUUCUUUGCUCAGGGCCUGCCGGAGGCAUUGGACUGGAGGACAUUGAUGAAGGUGGUCUUCCAGCCCAGUCAUGAGGCUGUGUUAAUGUUCACCUCCGAGCGCGAGCGCGCGGGCAGCUCCAUCCCACGGCCGCGGAAAGUGGUGCUGACGCUGAGGAGCUGUGACGAGGCACCCCUACCAGCUGAUAGUUUGGGACAUGUGGGUGUUGUAUCGCAAAAAGGCAACAAAAUGCAGCCCAAUCAGGAUUGCGCCUUUUACUUUCACUUUACAGAUAGUGAUGGUUCCAAGAUUUGGUGCGCCUGCGUCAUGGACGGCCAUGGCCCGUUGGGGCAUGAGAUGUCCACUCUGGCGAUGCAGUGGCUACCACUCCUGGUCUUGCGGGAGCCACUGAUGGCGUCAGAGCCUGGGAAGAUCGUCCCCAAAAAUCCUCAAAGCGUCUUCGAUGCGAUUUCCGCGGCGUUUCAGAAGAUGGGCACGUUGAUGCAGAAGGCAUCGUUGAUUGGCUGGGGUCCCCGCGGUUACAGCGGUGCGACUUGCACACUGGCGCUUUGUGCCCGCGGGCUGUUGCACACAGCCAACAUUGGGGACUCAAGGAUGAUCCUUGGCACUUAUUCCACUGGGGAUGAGGCCAUUGAACAUCGAAUCCUCACCCGAGACCACAAGCCCGAAGAUCCGGACGAGCGCUUGCGCAUCGAAGCGCAGGGUGGGAUUGUGGCGCGGCAACGCGUGUAUCUGGAUGAAUGGCCCUAUGUUGGCCUCAACAUGUCCCGUUCCCUCGGGGACUCCAAGCUCCAUGCGGUGGGCGUCUCGGACGUGCCGGACGUCACCAGCAUCUUCUUGGGCGAGGGCGGCGAGGGCGGCGAGGGCGGCGAGGCGUCCCCGCAGUUCCUCGUGGUAGCUUCAGAUGGAGUGUGGGACUAUACCUCUGCCAAAGAUGCCGCCACAGUGGUGGGGCGACACUUGCAGAUGGGCAAAGGCGCAAAAGUCGCAGCAGAAACCCUGGUGCUUCUGGCGCAAGAAUCCUGGGAAGCCGAGUCCCCCGACCUGGAUGACAUCACCGCCAUCGUCGUGCAGAUUGGAAGCAGGUGCCAGUGUCCAGAAGUACAAGGCUGAUACCAGCCAUCCAGCUGAUGGAACCUGUACAGUGGCCGCAGCAUAAAACAGGGGGUCCGCAAGGGUGCCUUUCUGAUGGCAG